AUGGAAUCUGGGAGAAGGGGAUGGAAUCUGGAAGAAGGGGAUGGAAUCUGGGAGAAGGGGAGGAAUGUGGGAGAAGGGGAUGGAAUCGGGGAGAAGGUGAUGGAAUCUGGGAGAAGGGGAUGGAAUCUGGGAGAAGGGGAUGGAUUCUGGGAGAAGGGAUGGAAUCAGGGAGAAGGGGAUGGAAUCAGGAAGAAGGGGAUAGAAUCUGGGAGAAGGGGAUGGAAUCUGGGAGAAGGGGAUGGAAUUGGGAGAGGGGGUGGAAUUCUGGUAGAAGGGGAUGAAAUCUGGGAGAAGGGGAUGGAAUCUGGAGAAGGGGAUGGAAUCGGGGAGAAGGGGAUGGAAUCUGAGAGAAGAAUCUGGCAGAAGAGGAUGGAAUCUGGGAGAAGGGAUGGAAUCGGGGAGAAGGGGAUGGAAUCUGGGAGAAGGGGAUGGAAUCUGGGAGAAGGGGAUGGAAUCUGGGAGAAGGGGAUGGAAUCUGGGAGAAGGGGAUGGAAUAUGGGAGAAGGGGAUGGAAUCUGGGAGAAGGGGAUGGAAUCGGGGAGAAGGGGAUGGAAUGAGGGAGAGGGGAUGGAAUCUGGGAGAAGGGGAUGGAAUCUGGGAGAAGGGGGUGGAAUCUGGGAGAAGGGGAUGGAAUCUGGGAGAAGGGGAUGGAAUCUGGGAGAAGGGGAUGGAAUCUGGGAGAAGGGGAUGGAAUCUGGGAGAAGUAGAUGGAAUCUAGCAGAAGAGGAUGGAAUCUGGAGAAGGGGAUGGAAUCUGGGAGAAGGGGAUGGAAACCUGGGAGAAGGGGGUGGAAUCUGGGAGAAGGGGAUGGAAUCUGGGAGAAGGGGAUGGAAUCUGGGAGAAGGGGAUGGAGCCUCGGAGAAGGGGAUGGAAUCUGCGAGAAGAGGAUGGAAUAUGGGAGAAGGGGAUGGGAUCUGA